CCAUGUCAACCAGAAUGUAGGCAGUUAGAAGAUAAGCGACUCGUAUUUACAUCAUUCAAAGAGGCAACACCUGGUGACCACACCCCGCCGGACGCGCGGUCUCCUCCGGGCCGCCACUGCGCAUCCAGCCGCCGCUGGCAGCGCAUCCUCCUGAGGGAAGGUGAGAGGCGCUUCUCCUCAUCUAAUCCGCUUAGCGGCAUUAUGCUGAGCUGCGGCCAAACCCCGGCAGCCGCUGCGCCCUUGUAGCUGCCCAAACGCCGGAGUCAGCAUCUCUUGCGUCUGAGGCGCACAGCUGGAGGGGUCGGUCCGCCGCGGACAGGAGGCCCAGCAGCCGGCGGUCGCUGCAGUCCUUCCCCAGGUUGAAAAGAUGAAACCUCCUCUCCUCCGUCUGUGGAGUCUUCUGCCACAUAACGGCGCAGGAGCCGCCGUGGGGGGAGAGCGAUGCGCCUGACCUGACUUCCUGCAGGGACUCCGGACGCUAAGCAUGCAGUCGCCCCAGCGGAGGAGGCUGAAGCGCAGCCGCGUCCUCUUCUUCGUGUCGGGCGCGCUGCUGUGUUGCAUCUACACGCUGAGUCUGAAGACCAGGCAGCGUCCAGCCCCCGACAGGACUGAUGCCGGGGGCGGCCACGGCGCCCUGGAGGUCAGACUUCGGGAGGUGAGGGCGUCCAAUGAGUCGCUGGAGAUCACCAUGCCUCCUCUGGUGGUGGUGGUCAACAGGACGGAUCUGGAGCAGUGCGUCUACGUGGAUCCCCGACUUGCCAGAGCGCCUCCAACUCCGCCGCUGACCAUCACGGCCCCUCCUCCCCGACCCCCGACCCAGCCCCCGCACAGCCAGGGGGACUACCCGGAAGACAUCUUCUCAGUGGAGCAGAGGCGCCAAGGGUGGGUGGUCCUCCACAUCAUGGGGAUGACCUACAUGUUCGUUGCUCUGGCCAUCGUCUGCGACGAGUUCUUCGUCCCCGCGCUGGAGGUCAUCGCCGCCAAGCUGGAGAUCUCCGACGACGUGGCCGGGGCCACCUUCAUGGCGGCCGGCGGCUCCGCCCCGGAGCUCUUCACCUCCCUCAUCGGGGUCUUCAUCUCCCACAGCAACGUGGGCAUCGGCACCAUCGUGGGGUCUGCCGUCUUCAACAUCCUGUUCGUGAUUGGCAUGUGCGCCGUCUUCUCCCGGGAGAUGUUGCACCUCACCUGGUGGCCGCUGUUCCGGGACGUGACCUUCUACAUCCUGGACCUCAUCAUGCUCAUCGUCUUCUUCCUGGACAACGUCAUCUGGUGGUGGGAGAGCGUCAUGCUGGUGCUGGGCUACAUGAGCUACGUCACCUUUAUGAAGUUCAACAGUCAAAUUGAACGGACGUUCAAAGGUCAGCUCAGCAAACACGUGAGCAUCGUCAAGGUGUGGAGCUCGGCCGAACCGGAGAAGGACAGUGAAGCUCCUCCUCCUCCAGCUGCUGCUCCUCUUCCUCCUCCUGCUGCUGAUCCCCAAAAAACGGAAAACAAACCGAAACCUGAAGCUGCGCCGGGAAGCCCUCAGCACAACAACCUGCAGCCAGAAGCUCAAGAGGACAAAGAUCGGCUCCGGGUGCGUCCUGUGCUACAGCGAGGCGGCAGCUCGGCGUCGCUCCACAACACGUCCCUGCGGAGCACCAUCUUCCAGCUGAUGAUCCACACUCUGGACCCACUGGGAGAAGAAGCAGCCCUCAGGGGCGCCGUAAGAACCGGUCGGCCAAGGAAAAUCACAGAAGAAACGUCCUUUAACGGUGACGUCAAAGGGGAGGGGCUUGUGCAGAAGAAAGCAAAGAACAAAGUAAAACCUCUGGAUGUCUCGGUGACAGAGAAACAGCAGAACAAGUCGCAUCACCGCCGCGCUGAAGAAGCGGGUCACAAACAGAAGUCAGAGCAAAUCUCUUCUGUUGGAACACCAGGGGGCGCCACAGCUCAGCCGUCCACCUCGCAGCCUCCAGCAGAGGAAACUCCGCAGAAAACCUCUGACAAGGCAGAGGAGUCAAAGGCAGCAGAAUCAGCUGGAGAAACUGGAGGAUCGCAGGACGGCGUCCAGGAAGAUGGCAGCGAAGAGGAAACCAGUGACUCUAGUGAGAGCGAGGAAGAAGAGGAAGACGAUGAAAACAAAGAAGCAGAAGAACAAAACGAAGAGGAGAGCGAGCCGCUGUCCUUGAUGUGGCCCCACACGUCACGGAAACGGGCCACAUACCUGUUCCUGCUGCCCAUCGUGUUCCCGCUGUGGCUCACGCUGCCGGACGUCCGCAACCUGGCGUCCAAAAGAUUCUUUAUCAUCACGUUUAUCGGCUCCAUCUUCUGGAUCGGCAUCUUCUCCUACCUGAUGGUGUGGUGGGCGCAUCAGGUAGGCGAGACUAUCGGCAUUUCUGAGGAGAUCAUGGGCCUGACCAUCCUGGCGGCAGGAACGUCCAUCCCAGACCUCAUCACCAGCGUGAUUGUAGCUCGGAAAGGUUUGGGAGACAUGGCCGUCUCCAGCUCCGUGGGAAGCAACAUCUUUGACAUCACAGUUGGGCUGCCCGUCCCCUGGCUCAUCUACACCGCCAUCUACGGCAAGCCGGUGGCGGUCAGCUCCAACGGCCUGUUCUGCGCCAUCGUGCUGCUCUUCCUCAUGCUCCUCUUCGUCAUCAUCUCCAUCGCCGCCUGCCGCUGGAAGAUGAGCAAAAAGCUGGGCUUCACCAUGUUCGUCCUGUACAUUGUGUUCCUCGUCCUUAGUGUCCUGCUGGAGGACCGCAUCCUCAUCUGUCCCAUCUCAAUCUGACAGCAGAGACUGCCUGGACCGGACCAGACCGGUUCUGAGGGAUUUAUGUUGGGUCAGAGGUUCUACAAGUUUGUGCAGAAAUAUAUCCGUUAUCCAGAUUUCCUCAUUAUGUCUCAGUCCCACUCAGCAAGAAUAAAUAUAAUUGUUAUAUUUUCAGUAGUUAUGAUCCGAUCCUUCAGAAAAGCCGCUGAACAAUAACCCAUAAAUUUGCAGUUUCUGGAUUUCAUAGAUAUUGGCUUCUGUUUGUAAAGUACAGUCAGAUAUUAACUGCAAUAAUUUGAGUUAUUUAACCCGUCAGAAGAAAAAAAGGGAUUUAACUUUUGUCAUUUCUUCAUGUUUACACAUUCAUAAAUAAACUAAACAAUAGGUUGAACUAAACAUCUCGCUCCAUACUAAAUAUUUAGUUAGCCAGUGUGUUGGGCUCAUUGUGGACAGAAAAAAGGACAUUUCUGGCAAAGACAAAAAAAAAGUUUUAGAUCAACAGAAGUUUGAGAUUUUGCUUUUCAAUUCCUUUUUUAUUAAUCUGCAGUGGCCCAAACACCACCAUAGGCUAGCUAAAUUUAGCUUGAGGUCCAAUUCUUAGCUUCUAACUACAUAUUAGGCUAACAAGCUGAAUAUGUAGCUUACAAUCUAAAUAUUUCUAAGCAGUAGUUGUUCGCUAUAGCCAUGAUAGCUAGAACAUAUGUCACAAGAAUGGGUACUAUCGUAAAUAUUCCUUAAUAUCAGCGAUAGCAGGCAAAGUGCUAAUUAGCUUGUCGAUGACCGGAAGUGGACUACCAAAAUAAAGCUCAGAUUUUUGAAUCUUUAAACUUUUGCUGGCGCGACUGACUCGCUUAAAUGUAGUUCCUGUCACUUCUUAGUUUUUCCUCUCGACAUGUGCAACAUUUCGCCUUUUUAAUGACGAUACUGGCUUCAGGAAAUGAGUCAAUACAGCCCGAGCUCACAUGCGGGUGUUAGGAAAACAGAACUUUUAUUUUGAUAACCUACUUCCGGUAACUGGUACGUGAAGUUGCAUGUUAGCUAAACAUUUAGCUGAGAUAAACGUAAAUAUUCGUUGUUUGGGUUUCAAAAAACAAAUAUUUAGAACAGUAGCUAAAUAUUUAGCUUGCUAAAUAAAUACUUAAUUCAAAACCGACUUUUUUCUAUUGUGACAGGCUAAAUAACGAAUUAUUGCCGUUAGUUUUUAACCCCAUAUAUAUUACUGCUGGAUUCCUAAGUCUGCAUUUUAUCGACAGGUGCCAGUUUAUUGCUAUUUAGUUCGUUAAAAAAAAUCAAACGUCUAAAACUAGCUGCCAGAAUACACCUUACCUGCAGUAGCAUCAAAUGUUUGUUUGAAUUUGUGUGGCACAUGAAGAGAAAUAUAAAAUAAAAACGGUUCUUUUGGCGCACUUUAUCGACAUCUUAGCAACACUUCUAGUAACGACCACAAGAUGGCGCUCAUUUACAGUUAGCAAGGCAAAGUUACAUCCCAGAGAAGAAGACUAAAGUCAGUAAAUGUAGUUUUACUAAUUGCAGUUCCUCAUUUUCUUCCAACGUAGCAGUAUUCCACUUCCUGUCCUUUUAUGGCAUUUGAAAGGGGAGAAAAUGUUUUUUUAUUAACACAUGAUUGUUAAAUGAGAUGCGGAAUGUUUCCGUCUUGCAUUUUAAUUAUCUUAUUCUGACUCCUCAGAUUAAUAAAAGGUAAUUUUUAUUGGAGGUGCUUUUUUUUUUGACCAGGAUGAAAAGAUGCCACAAUAAAAAAAAAAUGGUGCAGCAGUUUGACUAUAUGUGAAUUUUUUCCAGUAGAAAGUAAUAGUUAAUGGUUAAGCUUCUUUUAGCAGUCAGAUGAAAAAUUGUAGAUUCUGCAAUCAUCAUUUGAGAUAAAACCAAUAAUUUUAUGAUUUAUCAAUGUAGAAAAAUCUAAUAUUUAUUGGAAACCCACCAUAAAUCCAAACUUUUGCACCUUUUUUUUUUUUUUUUUUGAAUUGUUCCAAACUUCAAAAUACUUAGAUUCUCUGUGCACUGAGAUUUAAUGGUCAAUAUUUCUGAUCCUGAACCCUCGAAUUUCUGUUUGUUCCUGUUUUGAUGUGAAAAGAAGAAAAGUGUCGUUACCUGUGUGUCAGAUUGUCGUAGCUGUGAGGAAAAAGCCGAGCGGAGUCGCAAAAAUGCCGCUUUUGUUCUUUUUUUUUAGUUUUUUUAAUCAAAAUGGAUGCAAACAUGGAUAAAUUUUAAAAAGUGUGAGAUGGUAAUUCCAUGCUGUAAUAAAUUAUUUUUUUUAA